AGAUUGUAAUAUUUAGUGUUACAAUAAUAAAAUUCGAAAAUGAACAAAAUCAGUCAUUCUUUUAAAAUGCAGUGGCUUAAUGAGACGUUGAAAUUUGUCAAAAGUAACAACUUUGAUGUUAUAAAGUACCCUGAAAUGCCACUAAGCCAUGUUGAAUAUCUGCAAAAUUUAAUUACGAAGCAUGAAAAUUUCUUCGCUCUUGAGUUCAAUGCCUUGCAUACUCCUCUUUGGAAGGCUAUGAAGCUAUAUACCUGGAAAGUAGUGAUCAAUAAGGCUGAUAGAGCAGAUACUGGUCAAAUAACUUUGGAGAAAGUAUCGUGCAACACAAAAUUUGAAAAUGAUAAGGUUGAAUAUCUAUCAAUAUCCUCUCUUAGAAUAUCAACUAACACAAAGUCAAAUAAACCGAAAAAGCCACAAAGAGAUAGUUCCUUUUUUUUGGCCAAUCGCGAAACGAUGGAGUCUGUCUCAAGGUCAAUUUUAAAAACAUCUUUACAAAAAAUGUUGCGUUUUAUUAACACAGCAGCAGAAGCUAGUAUAAUUUUUACCGACUUAGAAAAGAUGGAGGCACGAUUUUUUCAAAUUUUCGUUCCAAUUACUAGACGGUACAAGGAUUUUGAAUCGAUUUUGUCGCCAGUUUGUUGCGAUUUAUUCAACAAAAUUUGUAAGAAAUUUGAUGAAAAAACUGUAAAGUUAGUAGUCAGAGGUCCUAGAAUAAAUAAACGGACGCAGAAGAGAGAAAUAAUUUUUACAAAAGCACCGAUAUAUGGAAGAAGUCAGUUGAGAUCCACGUAAGUAACGAUUUGAAUAUUUGAACUAGUAAUAAAAUCAAUACAGAAAUUUGAAAGAAAGGAAAAAACACGUUUAUUCAUGACAUCACACAAAUCGCUGACAACUUUUACACAAAAAGAUAAAUAGCAAAUAUAAUUAAA